AUGCCACGACAUUCUCUUCGUCUGCGUAAUCUUCUCCGUGGCUCCGCUCCCCUUCGUCUUCAUCCAGCUUCUCCGAUCCCCUUUCUUCGAGCAGCCCCAAAUCCAGACUCCCGCCGCCGAAAUCUUCAACUGCUACAAGGACGUCAUGCUCAACCUCUUAUUCGUCGUCAGUCCUCUGCAGCUCAUCUCUUACCCUUCCAUCAAUGCUGUUGGAAUACAUACAGGGCUGCCAUUGCCAUCAGUUGGGGAAAUUGCUGCCCAGUUGGUUUACUUUGUGGUUGA